GUUGGACCAGCUAUGGUGAGAAAUUUGGCGAAAGCUUGAUAUGUGACUCUGUCAUUUCUUUCGAGCACUUCACCAGCAACCUCAUAGCUCGGAUCCACCAAGGUCGAAAAGUUCCACAACUGUUAGUAAACGUUUGAGUAUUGUGUUACUAAGGACAACGGAUAUGGUCUUAUCUGGCUGCUUAGCCAAAAAACUUAAAAAAAGCAACGCAAACUCGAUGAAGACGCUUCGUUCUUUUUUGCCGUGCUUAGUGCUUAUUGAAUUGUAACUUGACUUUCAAGUGUUAUUCUCCCUCAAUGCAUGAGCGUUCAGAACUACCGUCGACAACAAAGACAUCUCCUGUCUUCCACUUACAAAUCAGAGGGCUGUCGUGCUCAUCGAGAAUCACGCGCGUUGUACGUGGAUGCUAGCAAUUUGAACAGAGCAUCUUACAGACACGCUCAACGCCAAAGUGUUGCUUUACCAAGCUUGCACGAGAUGAACUCGAUAGUUCUCCACCGCAUCAGAUCUUUUCUUAAGUGUGCGUGGAGCCUCGCAUUAAGACCAUGCGAAAAAAUGACCGCGGGCUCGCUAAGUCUGAUUGGCGAAAUCCUUUCAGUCUGUUUUCUCGAACACAUUGUGAGCGACAUAAUGGCUCCUAUCGGCUUACUCCCCAAUAUUUUUUUGCUUCACUGUCACCUUGCGAAUGUACUUGAUUAGCGAAGGAUAGUCGCCGAUAUACGAAACGACAUCUUCUUUGCACAAAAACGUUUUAUGUACUAGCUUUUUGCUUGCUAGCGCCAACAUGUAAUAUGGGGUAUGUGCACCGUAAUUCACCACCAUUUCCGUUCUUUUCAAAUUGUUUGACUAAGAUCUAAAACCCAUAUUGACCACUUUUUGCUUUUUUGAAGCGGUUGAGAACCAUGUGCCUCGCGCUGUGGGAAUAUUUCUAGGACCUGUUGCUUGUAAAGCAACUGUUUCACUACGAAUGUCAUCGGCCCGCAUAUUAUUGCUGCAGCAAAACUACACAAUAUCCAC